AUGGCGGACCACCUGAAGCUCAAGGACAACCCGGCAACUCUCAAGCUGCUGAGUUCCUUCAGCGCUGGGAACGAGGUGCUGGUGUUCAGUGGGUACGUGGACAAGAUCAACGCGUACGGGAAGAGCCAGAAGCGCGUGCUCAUCAUCACGGACCGCGGGCUGUACAACGUGGACAACUCCAAGUGCAAGCGCCGCAUCGACCUCCAGUCCAUCGCCAAGAUCGUGCGCAGCGCCACGGGGUACCAGUUUGUGCUCAACGUGCCCGAGGAGUAUGAUUACCUGUACGAGAGCUCCCACAUGGCCGACAUCUGUCAGAUCAUUGCGACCAACUACCAGGUCCAGGGCGGGCAGCCCCUGGAAGUCAAGGUGGUGGACGCCAAGGACCUGAAGCCGUACGUGAUGACCAAGAAGGAGGCCAAGAAGAUGAACAAGGACAUCGAGAGCCUGCGCUCCAGCAUGGCCGCCAUGAACACCAAGGGCGGCGAGAUCGACCGCGCGCGCACCAACACCGUGACCCACUUCUCCGAGAACAAGGAGCAGGUCGAGCUGGAGGACUUUGACCUCCUGCGGGUGCUGGGCAAGGGCAGCUUCGGAAAGGUGAUGCUGGUGCGGUACCGCAAGAACGGCGCGGUGUACGCGAUGAAGGUGCUCAAGAAGGACAGCGUUAUCCAGCGAAAGCAGCUCGAGCACACCAUGACCGAGCGCCAGAUCCUCCAGGCGGUGCAGCACCCGUUUUUGGUGGGGCUGCGGUACGCGUUCCAGACGGAGGCCAAGCUGUACCUGGUGCUGGACUACCUGAACGGCGGGGAGCUGUUCUUCCACCUCAAGCAGGCCAAGCGCUUCUCGGAGGACCGCGCGCGCUUCUACACGUGCGAGAUCCUGCUCGCCGUGGGGCACCUCCACUCGCUCGGCAUCGUCUACAGAGACAUGAAGCCGGAGAACCUGUUGCUGGACGCUCAGGGCCACAUCCACGUGUCCGAUUUUGGGCUGGCCAAGCAGGACAUCACCGACAACUCGUCGGCCAAGACCUUCUGCGGGACGCCCGAGUACCUGGCCCCUGAGGUGCUGAGUGGCAAGGGCCAUGGGCGUGCCGUCGACUGGUGGUCUUUGGGGACGCUUCUCUUCGAGAUGCUCGCGGGCCUGCCUCCAUUCUAUGACCGCAACGUGAGCAACAUGUACAAGAAGAUUCUCAACGACAAGCUCGUCUUUCCCCCCCACUUCUCAGCGACCGCCCAGGACCUGCUCGCCCGGUUGUUGGAGCGGAACCCGGAGCGGCGGCUGGGCAGUAGCCCCAAGGACGCGGAGGAGAUCAAGGCGCACGCGUUCUUCAAGGACGUCAAGUGGGACGACGUGCUCAACAAGAGGAUCCCCGUGCCCUUCGUGCCCACCGUCAGGAAAGAACAAGAUGAGCCGAGAACGAAAGACGCGUCGAACUUUUCGCAGAGCGCGGAGGACGUGGGCAACUUCGACAAGACGUUCACCGAGGAGGUGGUUCGCGACACCAUGGCGGAGCCACUUAGCAACGGGCCCAAGGAGGGCAACCUCUUCGACGGCUUCACCUUCGUGCAGGAAAGCAAGCUCAAGUAG